UAGUAUAGAGGUGUGCACAUACUUCCUGAUGAAGCUAUAACGCUUCUGUUAAGAAAAACAACAAACCAGCUGGAGGACUGGAGGAAGAUAUGCCUGUAAGUUGUAGACACAGCGAGGGACUCUUCCUAAACAUGGAUGAUGGUCCUCUUGUCUCUGCGCAUGAAUAGUGGAAGUGUCCGGAUAUCCAGAGAGCCGGCCCGGCCGACGCAUCAACGACGAGCGCUCGGAUCCUUCAAGCUAACGAGUUAGCAUCUAGGCCUGGCGGUAAUUUACUAGCUAACCUUAGCUAGUAAUGUCUCUAACAUUACCACCCUCCGAAAUGCUGGAAACGCCACCCGGAUAUCCGUUUGAAGAAAUUAACUAUGAGGACAUUGAGGUGGAAGAGGUGGUUGGCAGAGGAGCGUUUGGGGUGGUCUGCAAAGCCAAGUGGAAAGGCAACGACGUUGCCAUCAAGACCAUUGAGAGCGAAUCCGAGAGGAAAGCCUUCAUCGUUGAGCUCCGACAGCUUUCCCGCGUGAACCACCCCAAUAUUGUCAAGUUAUAUGGCUCCUGCAGUAAUCCAGUCUGCCUGGUGAUGGAAUAUGCUGAAGGAGGAUCUCUGUACAAUGUGCUGCAUGGUGCUGAACCCCUCCCCUGUUACACUGCCUCCCAUGCCAUGAGUUGGUGUUUACAGUGCUCCCAGGGCGUGGCCUAUCUCCAUGGCAUGAAACCAAAGGCUCUCAUUCACAGGGACCUCAAGCCACCAAAUCUGCUCCUGGUGGCUGGAGGCACCGUGCUGAAGAUCUGUGACUUUGGAACCGCGUGUGACAUUCAGACCCACAUGACCAACAACAAAGGCAGCGCGGCGUGGAUGGCUCCGGAGGUGUUUGAAGGCAGCAAUUACAGCGAGAAGUGCGACGUCUUCAGCUGGGGCAUCAUCCUCUGGGAAGUCAUCACCCGCAGAAAACCCUUCGACGAGAUCGGAGGACCGGCUUUCCGGAUCAUGUGGGCGGUGCACAACGGGACCAGACCUCCGUUAAUUAAAAACCUCCCCAAGCCCAUAGAGAGCCUGAUGACUCGCUGCUGGUCCAAAGACCCCUCUCAGCGGCCCUCCAUGGAGGAGAUCGUGAAGAUCAUGAGUCAUCUAAUGAAGUAUUUCCCAGAAUCGGACGUUCCUCUGCAGUACCCGUACCUGUACUCCGAUGACGGACAGAUCAACUCUGCAACAAGCACAGUUUCAUAUUUGGACUACACCAACACCAGCAACAAAAGUGACGCCAACAUGGAGCACAGCGACUCUCAGGGGAGCAACGACACCAUCAAAAUCACGCCUCAGUUCCCGGCCUUCAAACCAAAGGUAGAUCCUCUGAGGUCUUUGCCGUUGUCCAGGGGGGGCAGCGUGGAGAGUCUGCCCGCUCGAACUCUCUGCUUGGGUGACGGCAAGAGGAUGAGUGCAGAUCUGUCAGAGCUGGAGCCCAAGGCGGCGUUUGCCCCUGCAGCAGCCACACAGUUUAGGCGAGGCCACCGUAAAACGGCGUCCCACGGAACCAUUCUGGACGUCCCCAAGAUCGUCGUCACAGCUACGUGUGAGGCUCAGAGGCGUCGUUCUGUGCAGGACCUUCCAGCUAUCGUCAACGCCGAGUCCAGUCAGGGAAGCAGGAACAGCAGCCGCUCGUCCAGUCCCAGGAUGAUGCCGGCCGACAAACCCAGCAGAGGCUACUUCUCCCCGGAUGACCCCACAGACACUAACGGCUCAGACAACUCCAUUCCCAUGGCCUAUCUCACUUUGGAUCAUCAGCUGCAGCCCCUGGCACCGUGUCCCAACUCUAAAGAGUCCAUGGCCGUGUUUGAGCAGCACUGCAAGAUGGCUCAGGAGUACCUGAAGGUUCAAACCGAGAUCGCCCUGCUGAUCCAGAGGAAGAAGGAGCUCAUCGCUGAACUGGACCAAGACGAGAAGGACCAGCAGAACACGUCCCGUCUGGUGCAGGAGCACAAGAAGCUGCUGGAGGAGAACAAGAGUCUGUCCACCUACUACCAGAAGUGCAAGAAGCAGCUGGAGCUGAUCCGGGUGCAGCAGCAGAAGAGGCAGGGCACUUCCUGAUGAAACGGAGACACGCCCACUCCCCUCCCCCCUGCACUCUCAACACUACCCCCCCCCCCCGGCCUGGCUCCAUCCAGAGCCCCUCCAGGAAGACUUCUCAAAGGAGUUUGCACUUCCUCACAGCCUCUCUGGGACGUGAAGUUCACAUGAAAACCAGUUCCCCACCAUCCUCACAGCCCCUCCUGGUUUAACCGCCCUGUAGAUUUUUGUGUGUAGAUGUUUUAUCCCUGAAUCUGCUGGAGGAUCUGCUCAGCUCUCCUUUUAGUUCACAUGUUGCCUUAGCGGUCGGCUGAAGUUCAGGUCGGAUCAUGUCUGACAGAGGAGCUACGGAGACUUUCCUUCUUCAUACCCGACGGAGGUGACGACAUUCUUUUAGAUGAUCAUCAUGUUUCUCACCAGCUUUAGAUCCAACUCUGUUGUUUUUGCACAGUUACUACGUUUAGACGACUUUUAUUGCUAUUUAAACUUUUUGGUUUUAAAAGAAAACUUGAGGAGUCUGGACUGUACGGCCCGGUUGGUGACCUGGCGUUGGCGCUCCUCCGCCUGCGAGCGCAUCGUAGGCGAUGGAGGUGCGGACUGACUGCAGCCGAGGCUCACCUGUGGGGUGAAUGUCCUGCUGCUCCCACACCGCGUGAAUGUUUCAGGUUCAGACAGGGUUCGGUCUGAGCCAAAGACGCUGCAUCCCCCAGCUGUUGGCCCCGCCCCCAUCUUCUGGACGUGACCUGGAUGCUGGGAUCAGACGUGUGGUUCUUUGCAUUACAAGAUGUGAUCCUGGUGUGUUUAGUGUGAAUAAAAGCAGCAUAGAGGUGCAUUCAAGCUCUGCUCAGCUGCACUGUAAAGCCCAGUUCUGUACAUUUUUGCUGAUUCAAAAGCUGUUUCUGCUUCAUGAA